GGAAGGCAUGCCCCAGUUUCCAAGAAGCUGGUGCUCAGCUCUUUCCAUGAUAAUCGACUCUGCGUCAAGAUAAUAUCACCACCCCAGCGCCACUCGUCGCUCAUUACGACAUCAACAUCCACCAUCAACAUCCACCAUCAUGAAGAGCCUCAUUUUCAUUUUAUUCACCCUUGUGGCAGCCGAGAAUAACUCCUCCAACAUACAUGACUCGAAAGUCCCAAUCCUACACGUGGCAUCGUGUUACCCAGGCAUGAUCUGGUGUCGAGACCCGCCGUACAACUACCGCUGCGACACCACCUCCAACCUCGUCCAAGACCGGGUUCACAACGUGUGUGAGGACAAUUGCACCUGUCGCUGGAUGCAGUCGCAAUUGGCGGGGCCUUCAGCGACGGAGACGGCGACGAUCGUUGCAAGACGGCAAGAUGACGGGAUGCAGUCGCGUUUGGAGGGACCCUCGGUGACGGAGACGGUGCCCUCGGUGACGGAGACGGUGGCGAUCGUUGCGAGACCGCAGGAUCGCUGCGAGCUGAAUUGCGCCUGGGGCCACGGUUGGUGUCACGCCCAGCCCUACAGUUAUCGGUGUGAUGGUAGUGGCAGACUUCUCCGAGAUAAGGGACACGACAGCUGUGACACUUCAUGCUGGUGCGGGUGUGAGGAAUCGCUCCGGGAAGCGGCUCUAUGGGAUUCUGUUGGCAAGGUAGAGCUGUGA